UUGGGAAAAAGAUCUCGAGAUUGCUGAGAAAGUUACAGGAAUCGAUAUUGUUGUUGGAGGACACACCAAUACUUUUCUGUAUAACGGUCCUGUACCAGGGACGCCAGAGGAUGGAGAGCUCGAAGGGCCAUAUCCGACCAUAGUGACACAGGACUCAGGAGCUAAAGUUCUGGCUGUGCAGGAUUAUCAUUAUGGAAAAUACCUAGGCUACUUAAAGGUCUCAUUUGACGACAAUGGAGUUGUGACAUCAUGGGGUGGAAACCCAAUAUACCUAAAUGGGUCCAUUGCUGAAGAUCCUACCAUGAUCCAAAAGAUGGCGCCAUAUGUUGAAAAGUUGGUUGCAUUCAAAAACACAAAAGUUGGUUUUUCAAAUGUUUUACUAGACGGACACUGGUCUCGUUGUAGGUAUGCUGAAUGUAGUCUCGGUGAUUUCUACACAGAUGCACUCGUUGACAAGAAUGUCCUCUCUCCAACUGACAGCUCGUGGAAUAACGUUUCCUUGGCAGUCCUUAACUGUGGUGACAUCAGGAGUUCAAUUAAUCCUGGAGAAAUCACAAUUGAAGAUAUACUAAAUGUGUUACCCUAUCAAAAUGCGGCGGACAUAGUGGAGCUGACAGGCCAAACAGUUUUGGAUAUGUUUGAACACUCCGUCUCUAGAUAUAGCGAGGGCAAAGGAAAUUUUCUCCAAGUAUCAGGAUUUGAAGUCGUGUACAACGUUGCUAAGCCAGUAGGAAGCAGAGUCGUAAGUCUUAAGGCAAGGUGCUCAGAUUGUAUGGUGCCCAAACUUGAAGAACUGGACAUGGCCAAACACUACAAGAUUGUGAUGCACGAGUAUAUUGCAAACGGAGGGGAUGGCUACUCUGUCAUCAGGGAUAAUAAAAUACAACAUAUUGCUAUGGGGGACAUGGACAGUAAAGUUAUGGAGAGAUAUAUCCGAAAAAUGUCACCUGUAACUGCUGGCCUGCAUUCCCGCAUUACUAUAACUAACUCAACUGCUGAUGGAUCGGGUGAAACAGGAACACCCUGUACAUCUUCCACUGGAUCAAUCUUGGGACAUUCCAUUACAGUUGCUUUGCUAUUGCUGUUUUCCAUCUUAAGUGUGUUGAGCUAAAGGAAUAUCUAGACAUGUAACAUAGUAGGGAGUUUAAGCUUGC